UUAAUGAAUUUUCCCUAGUUCAUCUCUGUUAUUCAAUUGAGCAAGAGUGCAAGAUCCAGUUAUUUGUUAUUUCUGCUUAUUUGUAUUGUCAUUCAGCUGCAGAUGAGAACAUAGCAGGCAUGAAAAUGAAAAUAUGCAGUGGAUGGCGUCGGUUUCUGUUUGGUCUUCCUCUUAUUUUCUUUCUUCCCCAUCUGUUAUCUGUCAUGGAGUUGCACCAAAACUCAAGCAUGCAGGAACCCCAGAAGAAACUUCAAAAGAAAUUUGAUCAUCUGGUUCUUGGUUCUGCUGCUGGUCAAGGCUUGGCUAAUCGUUUGCAAUGCCAAGGAACUAAGUCUCUCAACAAGACUCACUCUUCUCAUAAUGUGUCACGUGCUGAGGACAUUGCAUUUGUCACUGUCUUUACCAUUUACAAUUCUUCUGCUAGCAACGUAGAUGAUAGAUCAUCAAACACAGUUAUUGGGGAUUCUUCAUAUAAUAAGGUGCAGAGGUCAAUGGCCGUGUUGAAUGUCUUCAUUAACUUCGUUCAGGUGACAAUGCCCCAGAGCAGCGUGAUCAUUCUUACUGACCCAGCAUCUGACUUUUCAUUGCACAAAAAUAGGGUCUUUCUUUAUCCUAUUCAAGGUGAAUAUUCACGAGACAAGUUGAUGCUUCAAAGGAUCAGGUCUUACAUUCUUCAGGAGCUUUCUCAGAGGCCAGCAAGUACCACACACUAUAUUUUCACUGAUUCUGAUAUAGCAGUGGUUGAUGAUCUGGGACAUGUUUUCCAUGACCACCAAAAUUUUCAUCUCGCGUUGACCUUCAGGAACAAUAAGGCUCAACCUUUGAAUUCAGGAUUCAUUGCAGUGAGGGGUACUGCUGAUGCAAUUUUGAGGGCAAAGCUUUUCCUACAAGAGGUUUUGAAAAUUUACAGCUCAAAAUACAUGAAUGCUUCUCGGAUGCUUGGUGAUCAAUUAGCUCUUGCUUGGGUCGUGAAGUCCCAUCCUUCUUUUGAUGCCAGCAGGUUUUCAAAGCCCCUGUCUUUCACUGAAGACAUUGGUGGUACUUCGGUACUGUUCUUACCUUGUGCCAUAUACAACUGGACACCACCUGAGGGUGCUGGUCAAUUUCAUGGCAUGCCCUUGGAUGUUAAGGUUGUACAUUUUAAAGGAUCAAGAAAACGCCUAAUGCUCGAGUCUUGGAACUUCUAUAAAUCCUCUCCCAUCAUUGAAGACAUGUUAUGCCUCAUUCUGGCAAGUGGACGAACCAAGUAUGAUUUUUGAAGUUCACUGGAGAAUUACUUGAUAUUUUGUGCAGACAUGCCUCACAACUUAGGAGAAUGGUAUAGCAGGAAAUUUUUUCACCCAGAUAUAUCCACCCCAGCUUCAGGUGUGGUAGAUUUGUUAUUUUCACGAGAGUUCUUGGCAUAUUUGUAAGACAAAUAUUUCACUCAGACUCUGAAGAUAAUAUAGAAUGUAAUGGUACUCUCAUUUAUGACUUCCCUUUUGCGUCCUUUUGCCGAGGAGAUUGUAGAUGGCAUAGUACUUGUGGGGUUUUUUCAAAGAUAGCUAGUGUGGGUCCGAAGUCUUAAAAAAUAGCUUUAUUACUCAUUUAUGAAUAAUAUAGUUUAUUAGAGUUUUUAUAUUGCC